GCCUCCUGGCACCGGGCGCAGCCGCCGCCGUCGCCGCAGCACUUUUCACUCGCAUUGAUCGCCUCCCCGCUCCGCUUGCUCAGCUGCCCGCGAGAGCGCAGCGCGGCCAGCGCGCAGCCCUUGGCAGCCCCCGCGCAGUCGGGCUCCGGGAGGAAACUCCUUGGGAGCGCCCUGUCCGGGGUGUCCUCUGCGCUCUGCAGUGUCUUUCUCUUUGCCUGGGAGGAGGAAGAGGAGGAGGAGGAGGAAGAGGAGGAGGAGGACGGCGAGGAGGAGGGGGAGGAGGAGGAGGAGGAGGAGGACGUCUGGUCCCGGCUGGGAGGUGGAGCAGCGACAGCAGCAGCCGCCGAGGCAGCCGCCGCCGCCGCCGCCGCCGCCUCCGGAAAGGGAGAGGCAGGAGGGAUCGAGACUUGGAAACCCCAAAGUGUCGGCGACCCUGCGCGGCAGGCUCCCUUCCAGCUUCAUGGGCAAAGUGUGGAAACAGCAAAUGUACCCUCAGUACGCCGCCUACUACUACCCCCAGUAUCUGCAAGCCAAGCAGUCUCUGGUUCCAGCUCACCCCAUGGCCCCUCCCAGUCCCAGCACCACCAGCAGUAAUAACAACAGUAGCAGCAGUAGCAAUUCAGGAUGGGAUCAACUAAGCAAAACAAACCUCUACAUCCGAGGCCUACCCCCCAACACCACCGACCAGGACCUGGUGAAACUCUGUCAACCAUACGGCAAAAUAGUCUCCACAAAGGCAAUUUUGGAUAAGACAACAAACAAAUGCAAAGGUUAUGGUUUUGUUGACUUCGACAGUCCUGCAGCAGCUCAGAAAGCUGUGUCGGCCCUAAAGGCCAGUGGGGUUCAAGCUCAAAUGGCAAAGCAACAGGAACAAGAUCCUACCAACCUAUAUAUUUCUAAUUUGCCACUGUCCAUGGAUGAGCAAGAACUUGAAAAUAUGCUCAAACCCUUCGGACAGGUUAUUUCUACGAGGAUACUACGUGAUUCCAGUGGCACGAGUCGUGGUGUUGGCUUUGCCAGGAUGGAAUCAACAGAAAAAUGCGAAGCUGUAAUUGGCCAUUUUAACGGAAAAUUCAUUAAGACCCCACCAGGAGUUUCUGCUCCUACAGAACCUUUAUUGUGCAAGUUUGCAGAUGGAGGACAGAAGAAAAGACAGAAUCCAAACAAAUACAUCCCUAAUGGAAGACCAUGGCAUAGAGAAGGAGAGGUGAGACUUGCUGGAAUGACACUCACUUACGACCCAACUACAGCUGCUAUACAGAAUGGAUUUUAUCCUUCACCAUACAGUAUUGCUACAAACCGAAUGAUCACUCAAACUUCUCUUACACCCUAUAUUGCAUCUCCUGUAUCUGCCUACCAGGUGCAAAGUCCUUCUUGGAUGCAGCCUCAACCAUAUAUCCUACAGCACCCUGGUGCCGUGUUAACUCCCUCGAUGGAACACACCAUGUCACUACAGCCUGCGUCUAUGAUUAGCCCCCUGGCCCAGCAGAUGAGUCAUCUUUCCCUAGGCAGCACCGGAACAUACAUGCCUGCAACGUCAGCCAUGCAGGGAGCCUACUUGCCACAGUACACACACCUGCAGACGACAGCCGUUCCUGUUGAGGAAGCAAGUGGUCAGCAGCAGGUGGCUGUAGAGGCGUCCAGUGACCAUUCUCCAUACACCUUUCAACCUAAUAAGUAACUGAGGUAUACAGGAGGGUGUUCUUACACGAAGAAGGGUGUGAAGGCUGAACAAUCAUGGAUUUUUCUGAUCAAUUGUGCUUUAGGAAAUUAUUGACAGUUUUGCACAGGUUCUUGAAAACGUUAUUUAUAAUGAAAUCAACUAAAACUAUUUUUGCUAUAAGUUCUAUGAGGUGCAUAAAACCCUUAAAUUCAUCUAGUAGCUGUUCCCCUGAACAGGUUUAUUUUAGUAAAAAACAGAAAGAAAAAAAAACAAAAAAAAAAGCAAAAAGAUUUUUAUCAAAUGUUAUGAUGCAAAAAAGAAAAAAAAAGAAAACUUCAAUUUUCUGGGUAUGCACAAAGACCACGAAGACUUAUCCAAGUGCAUGACCGGAUUUUUGUGGUUUUGUUCAUUUUGUGUUCAAUUUGUGUUUUUUUCAGCUGUAUGAAAUGGGCUUUCUGAAGUUUCAAUCGUCCGACUUCACCCAUGGUGUUCUGUGCUGGCCGUGCGAGUGUUGCUGUAAUUCAGUGUUGCCGUCAGUGUCUUUUCUUAGCUUUCCGUUUUUCUUUCAACGUAGUGUGAAGUGUCUUAUCCUUUUUCUAUGAAUUCCAAUUUGCCUUAACUCUUUUGAUGCUGUAGCUGUUUCAGUAAAAGUUAGUUCAAACUAAUGAUGUAGAAUGCUUUGACCAAAUGAGCUGGUCUAUUAUGCCUUGUAAAACAGCAGCAUAGGGCUUUUAAAAGGUAGUCAAUAAAAGUUGCUGAAAUUUUGGCUUUUUUAAAUAUGUAGUAGGUGUUUUUAAUGAUUUUUCACAUGAUGUGUAAGGUAGUGAAAUGCAAGAAGGGAAAAUGUUUUGUGUGAAACACAUUUUCUGACUGGGGAACUUUUAAUAGGGUAAAUUGUUUGUAAGGCUGUACGCCAACAGUUUCCUCUGAUAGUUUGGCUGCUUUAGGAUAUCUGCUGUGUGAUGCAAUGUAAAGUCUUUUUUGCCUUUUUUCAGGAAAAAAAAAAAAAAACCUAACUUGAUGUUCUAGAUUUAGUGUAGGUAGCAUUGGGACUGGGUGGGGGGCGGGGGAGGGGAGUCACCGAAUGUUUUGUCCUUCCUUUACACUAAUGAUAGUGCUUUAGAAUGAGAAUUAUGCCUGCGAUCUGGCAAACCUAAAAAAAAAAAAAAAAUGUUGCUAUUGCAACUAAAUGGCAAAAGCUAAAAGUAAGGCUUUCUCUUCCAGCAUAAGCUGAGAUACGGAUAGAAGCAAAAUGAUUGGCUACUCGCUCUCUCUCUCUCUCUCUCUCUCUCUCUCUCUCUAUUAGGUAAAUUUGAAAAAUAAAAAUGACUUGGCACUUUUAAUGGUAACUUCACCAAAGACCGAAGAGCCAGUAACCAGUAGCUCCAACUUGUCUCAGCAUCACAUCUUCUGUGCUCUUUAUUUUUGCCGGACCAGUUUGCGGUUAGGAGAAUGUGCCUUUUUUGUACCUUCGCAUUUAGGUUUUAUAAUUUUAAUUGAUGUAUGGACACACACAGACAAACAAAAAAGCAUGAAGGAAGAUUUGGAUCCAAGCAGUGCCACACUUUUACAUCAUCACUACAAGUGUUCAAGUGUAAAGAAAAUCCAUUUUGAAACUAUGAAAUUCCUGAUUAAUAAAUACACAGUUAUUUCUACUUUAUUAUCUAUGAGAUAAUUCACUGUAAUUAAAGCUCUUUUAUUGAGGCAGUCGCAUAUGUUUUAAAAGCAAUGAUAAAUUAAGUUGUCUUCCAAAACUGUGUACUUGUCUGGUCAGCUGUGUAUGAUCAGUUAUCUACCUCAGAGUCUAUUUUCUUUUGUGCUGGGACAGGUUGCUGGCCCUCCCUGUUCCCACAGACCAAAUCCUCCUAGCUCAGGAGCUAGGGCUAAGCAGUUAUUUCUUUCAAGUAUUUUUUAGUUCUUAAAUUUUAUUGCUUGUAUUUGAUUAUAGAUGUCAGUGACAUUUCAUAGUUUCAAAAGUCCUUGCUGCUCUGAGAAGUGUAGAUUCUAGUGAAAAUUACAUAGUCAUAAGAGAAACGUGUUUUUGUUUUUUGUUUUUGUUUCCUUUUUUUAAAGUUGUGGUAUUAUUGGUUCUACGCUCCCUGAAAUAUUACUGCUUUGUGAAAGUCCAGACCGAACGCAGCACCCUCCGUGUACCUAGUACGUGGGUCUCUCACUACUUGAUAUUUUUUGCAUUAGUUAAGACAGAAAUUUGAUAGCUCAGUUAGAAGGGGAGGGGAAAUCUGCUGCUAGAAAUGUCUGAACUAAGUGCCAUACUCGUCUGGGUAAGAUUUGGGAAACAUAACCUCUGUACAUAAAAAAAAAAAAAAAUCAGUUAAACACCACAUAGUAGACAGCCAUUAAAUUAUAAAAAAAAAUUAAUUUAUGAAGAAAGACCUUUUGUACAGAUUGAAAAAAAGAUUUUCAUAGAGAUAUCUAUAUGAUCAAGAGAGUUAAUUUUUUAUUUUUGUUUUACUAGUGCCACAAACUUGCCAGUGGUAACUUAUUUGUCCGGUUCAAGAUAACUCUGUAGUUUUCUUUCCUAGGACUUGUUAAACGCCAAAAGACAUUUUUGAACUGUACAUUUGAUCAGAUUGUUAGCUUUUUCUGUUUUAUUUCUUUUGAGAACCUUUGAAUAAAAAACAUCUGAAACUA